GACGAUUAAUAUUUCUUGACGUUUUUGUCAGUAACCAUGAAAUUCAAAACUUCUAACUUCUGUCAAAAUUCCUGUACAAUUUUCCCCUUAUGAUUCCAUUCAGAUUCAACCACACUAGAUAUUCUGAAAAUACACCUCAAACAUGGAGACAACUAGUAGCAAUGUAUUGUUAUCGAGCCAUUAUCAGAUUGUUUGAAGAAAUACAUUUUAUGGAACAAUUUUUCAUCAGAAUGAACAAUAUUUUUGCAUUUACCUGCCAAGUUAUUUUCUUCAUUCUUUGCGAUUUCUUCGUGAACGAUCUCCUCGGAAUACCUGGUGUCAAGACAAAUAAGACAGUCGUGAUGGCUCUGACAACAAUACUUUUUUACGCGGUGUUCGGCUAUUUCGCCACAAGGAUAAGAGAUAUUUUCCUAAAAAAUAGAAUGCCCACAUCUCUAGACACCAGUGCCAACUGCCUUAAACUUUUGAUGAGGCUCAUUUUAGAAUGGGCGAAAACUGUUGUUAUUAUUCUGUGUAUAAGAGAGCAAGGCAUUCAAUACUCACCUCAUCCUUUUUAUACCUUCUUAACGCUGAGCUACUACUUAUGUUCUGAGAGAGUUUUUUGCGAAAUUUUAGCUGCUCUAACUGAAAGUGUAUUCACAUUUGAAUAUCUGGAAAAUUUAGAAUAUCUCUACAUUCCUAUGUUCCUCAAUACCUUCACAAUAGCUGUAGGCCUAGUGGUAAACGUAUAUCUUCUGAUUUUCUGCUAUUCAAACUUUGUUUUGAUGUCGACGUAUUUUAUAAUUUUUCUAAGGAUAAAGGAUGUGUUUUGUAAUUACUGGCAAAUGAUAGUUGCUGAAAAGAAGACUUACUCCAGUUUUCGUGUUGCUACAGAUCAAGAAAUCAUUGACAGGGACGACAUUUGUGCUGUUUGUUUAAACAAGAUGAGCAAAGCAAGAAUAACGCCAUGUAAUCAUCUUUUCCACCCUAUUUGUUUAAAACAGUGCUUGAAAAAUUCAUUCCUUUGUCCACUGUGCAAAUAUAAUUUCAGAGAAAAUGUGUGAUGCAAAAUGAA